AUGUCCAACGACCAGCUGGGACCAAAGGUACGCCUAUGGGGCAUUGCCGACCGCAUCGCCUUUGAGCAGCACCCAGAUCAGCACGUCCCCCCGCUGGUCAGCCACAUCGUGACCGAGGCCGCCCGCUUCAUCAACACGGCGGCGCCCAAGGAUUCCACGACCCCGACGCUGUUCAAGCAAAAGUCCCGCAAGACGCCGGCCGGGAGCAACGCCCCGGUCUUCGUCUCAACCCGCUCCAUUCCCAAGGCCGUCUUGGACCGCAUCCACCGUGAAAACCCCUCGGUCGAUCGCCGCGGCGUCAAGUCUGAGACGUGGGUGUGUCGCCGCUCGGUGCACGAGGACUCGACCGUCCGCGGCACCGCCUCGUGGGCCGAGUUCCGUGACUGCCUCAAGGAUCGCCAUGCAGAAACGGAAAAGGCCUUCACCCCGACCAUGGUAGCUCACCAAACUGUCCAGGAGCACCUGGUCGUGCGCGACAUGGAGCCCGUCACGGUCGACGGCUUGCGCUAUGGCGACUUUACCUGCGCCACCGAGGGGGUGCGCCACAAGGUCGCCCCCUGCAUCCUGCAAGACCGUGUCUUCUUUGUGCUGCAGAUCACGUGUAGUGUCCUCGAUGACGAAAACGCCACCACAGCUGCCCACGAGUUCCUAGUUGUCAACAUACCCAUGGCCGAUCACCCGGACUCGCUCGACCCUCAGGCCCUUUACCGCGGCGCCACCCUCGGUGCCUACGCCAGCGUCGAGCGUAUCCGCAUCCUGCCAGCCGGCCACGAGGACGCUGGCAAGAUUGAGUGGAUUAUGGCCACGGCGUCGGAUGCCAAGGGUAUUCUUCCGCGUUUUGCCCAAGACAUCGCCAUCCCCGAUCAGAUCGUAAAGGACGUGCCCUUGUUUUUCAACUGGAUCGACGGCCAGAGGGCCCCGGGGGCUCCCGAGGAACCCAUGUCGGAGGAGUUGCCCGAGCCACCUCGGUGA